CUCCGCGAUAAGACCCGGCCUGAGGUGUCGAGUUCACGGAAGCUUUUCCCAAGGACUCGCCGAGGAUCGCCAGAGUCUCCCGCACUAUGGGAAACGCAGCGACCGCCAAAAAAGGCAAUGAACUGGAGAGCGAGACUUUUGUCAAAGAGUUUCUAGCCAAAGCCAAAGAAGAUUUCUUGAGAAAAUGGGAAUCGCCACAACAGAGCACAACUUGUUUAGAUGACUUUGACAGACAGAAGACUCUGGGCACGGGAUCCUUCGGGCGAGUCCUGUUGGUUAAACACAAGGCUUCAGAUCAGUACUAUGCCAUGAAAGUCCUGGACAAACAAAAGGUGGUGAAGUUGAAACAAGUGGAGCAUACGCUAAACGAGAAGAGAAUAUUACAAGCAGUUUCCUUCCCAUUCCUCGUCAGAUUGGAAUAUGCCUUCAAGGACAACUCUAAUUUGUAUAUGGUGAUGGAGUAUGUACCCGGAGGAGAGAUGUUCUCGCAUCUUAGACGAAUCGGGAGGUUUAGUGAACCACAUGCACGGUUUUAUGCUGCACAGAUCGUCCUGACUUUUGAGUACCUCCACUCACUAGACCUCAUCUAUAGAGACCUGAAACCUGAAAACCUACUUAUUGACCAGCAUGGAUAUAUACAGGUAACAGACUUUGGAUUUGCGAAAAGAGUAAAAGGCAGAACCUGGACAUUAUGUGGAACUCCGGAGUAUCUGGCGCCCGAGAUCAUCCUCAGCAAGGGAUACAACAAGGCUGUGGACUGGUGGGCCCUCGGCGUUCUCAUAUAUGAAAUGGCAGCUGGAUAUCCUCCAUUCUUUGCAGACCAGCCCAUUCAGAUCUAUGAGAAAAUUGUGUCUGGAAAGGUGCGCUUCCCGUCGCACUUCAGUUCGGAUCUGAAGGAUCUGCUGAGGAAUCUGCUGCAGGUGGACCUGACCAAGCGCUUCGGCAACCUGAGGAAUGGAGUCAAUGAUAUAAAAAACCACAAAUGGUUUGCCACAACGGAUUGGAUAGCCAUCUAUGAGAGAAAGGUGGAGGCGCCGUUCAUACCAAAGUGCCGAGGUCCAGGAGACACAAGCAACUUCGACGACUACGAAGAGGAAGACAUCCGCGUAUCUGUUACAGAAAAAUGUGCAAAGGAGUUCUCCGAGUUUUAGUUACGGGACACCUCAACUCUAGACACAUGCAUGUAUACAUAUAUUCACCUAUAGCGGUAUAUGUAUACAUGCGUUUGUGCGUGUGCGCUUCACACCACACGUCAGACAAAGGGUUCCUUUGCACUCUAAAGACAUGGGAAGAGCAGAGAGCACAUCUACACCCUUCAGCGUCUCGUGUACUUCCUUCAUUCCAUCCGCUUUAGAGAGGUUUUUCACGCUCUUAAAACCAUCAUGCACUGGCACAUCUCUCGCAUUCACUCCCGUAUCGAUCCGUCUUUACGUUCUUCCCUGUUUCAAAGAUUAUUUUUGAAAGUAUGAUGUUAAAAAGGGGAGGAAAAACACACAAAAACACAAAAGGCCAAUUCAGCAUUGUUACAUGUUGUUUUUUUUAAUGUUUCAUGGCACCGUCACACAGUGUUGUGAUUUCGAAGGCGUGUAUCUGCGCUUUCUGGCAUUUUUGGUGUUACGCGUCUUUUUCGUUUUUCUGUUUUAGACCAAAACAACUGACAGCUUGUUUAUUUUUUUGUUACGUGUGCAUAUCUAUUGAUUUCAGAGUGGUUUUUUACUUGAUUUGAACCACCUCGUGUGUUGAACGCAUGACCAAAACCAUCGUGUUGUGAACGGCAGAGGAGGAGAUCGUAAAUCUUCGGACUUGCCUUAGAAAUCUGGAUAUUACCGAGCCCACAGAGCGAACGUUUUAGUCACAAUGUUCCCGUGAAGGUCCAGUCUCAUGCAUAUACUGACAGAUAAUGUUAGCAAUAUAAAAUUUAUCAUAUUUUACCACUUUUUUUGUGCUUUUUUUUUAGUUGUUAUGCAAAAAUGAUUUUUUUUUAUUGUGAAAUGUUGGAGUAGUGCACCUAAAAAUGAAAAUUACCCUAAAAUGCUCACUCUCGUUCUCUGUGCAUGACUUCGUCAGACGAACGCAUUUAUUGUAGUUUUAAAUUGUCCUGGCUCUUUUUAUAUUGUAUAAUGAUCGUGACUUUUAUUUUGAAGCUUCAAGGAAUGCCUCGCACGCCACCAGGGGGUUAACGCAUGUCUUAAGAAGUUGAUCAAUGCGUUUUUGUAUCACAAAUAUUUUCACAUUUGUAGUUAUAAAUUUCAAUCACUGAUUUCCGGCAGUGCUCGAAUGCACGUUAUACGCGACGCACGUAAAUUACGUAUAAUGUAAGACAUUCGUUAUGGGAGCUCUGGAAAUAGAUGCAUCCAUCGGGAACCUCUUAUCACACGGUUUACCACCGAAUAUAAUGACGAACAAGAAACCUAGUUGGUGCGAUUUAAUGUUAUACAACAUAUUACUUUUAAAUUGACAAAUACUUGCGUCUAACCAAACUUUUUGUCUCGUAUCCCACGUAUAUAUCAGUCGCACAUAACACGCAUUGUUUGCAAUUUGUAAUUUAAUAAUAUUGCAUAUAUUAGUCACAAAAAUGCUUGAAUCAUCCUUAUGAGACAUAGCCCGGUGGCGUGUUCAAUAGUUUCACGACAGAUAUAUGCACUUUUUUUUGGAAGCUUCAAAAUAAAAGUCCCUAUCCAACACCAUUGUACUGCUAGGAUGUCAAACAAUGCUAGUGCAGCUUUUGUUUCUAUAGUAAAGGCGAUGACUGAAUGCAUGUUAUGCAUAACUGACGUUCACAACGUUUAACGCUAUCACGUAAGACGGGUAAACGCACAUACGUGGCAUUGCUAGAGAACGCCAAACCAAUGAAUUUUCUAGUUCGUCGCCGUCUUCUGUGGUAAACAACCUAUUGUAAGUGGUUCCGGUGAGAUGCGUUUAUUUUUUCUGCUAUUAAUACGUUAUACAUUAUUUGACGUAUACGUCAGUUGCGCAUAUAAUGUACAUUCGCACACCACUGGAAAUUAACUAUUAAAAUUUAGCAAAAUUGUAGAUUUUUUUUAACAAAAACACAUGGAUAUGCUUUAUAAGACGUGUUGAUUACCUGAUAGCGUAUAAGUUAGAUCUACGACAGACUUAUGCACUUUUUUUUGAAAGCUUCAAAAUAAAAGUCCCUAUUCAACACUAUUGCUAGAAUGUUGAAAUGAUGCUUGUGCGGCUUUCAUUUCCAUACUAACAGAUUGACAGGGUUCUCCAGUUGUUAGUAAACAACUGGAAUAUUUCAAGUUUUUAAAUGAUAAAUUUCAAUCACUGACUUAAGCUGAAUGCAUGUUAUGCAUGACUGACGUUUACGAUGUUUAACGCAAUUACGCAAGACGGGUAAACACGCAUACGCGGUAUUGUAAGAGAACGCCAAACCAAUGAAUUUUCUAGUUCGUCGUCAUCUUCUGUGGUAAACAAACUGAUGAAAGUAGUUCCCGUGAGACACGUUUAUUUUUUCUGAUAUUAAUACGUCAUGCGUUAUAUGUCGUAUAAGUCAGUUGCGCAUAUAAUGUACAUUCGCACACCACUGGAAAUCAACGAUUAAAAUUAAGCAUAAUUAUAGGUUUCUAUUUUACAAAAAUACAUGGAUCUGCUUCAUAAGACAUGCAUUAAUUACUUAAUUGUUUUACAUUUUCAAAAUAAAAGUCCCUAUGACACAUUAAACUGCUAGACUGUUGAAGCAAUGCUUGUGCAACAGAUUGACGGGGCUCUCCAGGAUUGUUGUAAACAACUCAAAUGAUUUUAAAAUAAAAGUCCCCAUCCAACACCAUUAUAUCUUAUAGAAGAGCCAGAAUAAAAUGUAAAACCACUCUGGGUUCGUCUAACAGAACAAAACUAAAUUAGGUAGUAAUUUUUAUUUUUUGAGGUGAACUAUUCCUUGCCGGAUUGGUUCGCUUUGGUCAUUUCAGUGCUGUUGUUUAUUUUUGGCUAUUUAAAGACACAGUUCACCCAAAAAUGUAAAGUCUGUCAUUAUUUACUCAUUCUUCACUUGUUUGAAACCACUUUGAGUUUCGUCUGUUGAACACUAAAGAUGAUGCAUUGAAGAAUGCUGAUUGAUGACACCCAUUGACUUCCAUUGUUUUUCUUUCUGUAGACGUCGAUGGGUAGCAUCCACCAGAGUUUUAAAUAUUAAACCAUCUCCUUGGUGUCCAACAAAAGAAACUCAAAGGUUUAAAACCACACGAAAGGAAUAAAUUGUGCAUUGUUUAACUUUUUUAGGUGAACUAUCCCUUUAAAAUGAAGAAUAACAGCCAAUGCAUUGGUGCAGUUGAGCUAGAUCAGGGGUGUCCACACUCGGUCCUGGAGAGUUUAGCUCCAACCCUAAUCAAACACACCUGAAUCAUCUAAUCAAGCUCUUGCUAGAUAUACUAGAAACUUCCUGGCAGGUGUGUUGAAGCAGGGUAGAGCUAAACUCAGCAGGACACCGGCCCUCAUGGGAUUGAGUUUGGACACCCUUGAGCUAGACGAUCACAGCGAGGCACUACUCAGUUGCAUAUCAGUUACUUAUUUUUUGGGGUCACCGUUUUUUAAUUCGUCAACGUUGAAGCUGUUUUGCAAAGUUCUCUCUUAACCGAAAAUUGUAAAACUGCCAAAACGCCGUGUUGUCGUCUCCAUCGUUGCUGUUAUACUUCUGUCGUUCUUUUGUUUUUAUGACCGAAUGUAGUGUUGAAACUUCUAGGUAUGCAUAUUGUUUGAAGAGUUUGAAGUUUUGAGGUACUUUCUCACAGACGUAUACUAAGAAAUAAUGUUACAAAGACAGAGAGGAGGAGGAGGAGGAGGAGAUGGGAAGAAAAGCGGGGGUUAGUGAGCCUCUUCUUUGUAUCACGUAUAAUCCAGUUAUUGUUCAGCUCAUAAUGCGUAUAUGCAUUAUUUCUUAUAAAUGUUUUUAUUUAUACACACAUUAGAGAGAUGCUAAUAAAUUUUAUUUUUAAGA